GUUGCUUUACGGGUUACUGAGUUCAAAAGUCUCUUGUUUCCUUCCCCUUUUCCUCUCCUCCCUGCCUCUUCGCUUCCCUUCCCUUGCGUCUCCCGAUUUCCGCUACCAGCCUCCGCCUCGUCGCGGUGCCGACAUUGAUCGGAGCCGUUGGAUCGGGCGCGGGCGGCGAUGAUGAUGAGGAGGGUGGCGGCGUCGCUGGUGCCUCCGUGGCUGGAGCCCCUCCUCUCCACCCAUUUCUUCGCCGCGUGUCCUCUCCACCCGGACGCCCCCCGCAGCGAGAGCAACAUGUUCUGCCUCGACUGCGGCGCUUCCGCCGCCUCCUUCUGCUUCUAUUGCCGCUCCGACCGCCAUUCCGGCCACCGCGUCAUCCAGAUACGGCGGUCGUCGUACCACGACGUCGUGCGGGUGGCGGAGAUCCAGAAGGUGCUCGACAUCAGCGGCGUCCAGACCUACGUCAUCAACAGCGCGCGCGUCCUCUUCCUCAACGAGCGGCCGCAGCCGCGCGGUACCGGACGUGGCGGCGCCUCCGGUUCCUCGGCUGCCGGCCCACCCUCCUCCUCAUCACCCCACACCUGCGAGAUCUGUGCCCGCUCCCUCCUCGACCCCUUCCGCUUCUGCUCCCUGGGCUGCAAGUUGGCUGGGAUAAAGCGCAACGGCGACGCGACUUUUGUGCUGCACCCGGGCGACGAGGACGCCAGCGGCGGCGGGGAAUCAUCGUCGACAGCAGCCGCAGAGGAGAGCAAGGGUGGGCGGAGGGGAAGAUGGGGUGGGGGAUCCUGCGAGGAAGUGGGCCACGACGCCCGAGACCCCGCGCGUCCUCCGCCCCCGCCGAACUCGAGAAGGCGAAAGGGCAUCCCCCACCGCGCCCCCUUCGCCUCCUGACCUGCUGCAGCAUGUGAAUUACUAAGAAGAAGAAGAAGCAGAAGCAUAUAUUACUAUUAAAACAAGACGAGCCAUUUAGAUUCAACGCUUCCCAUCCCAGGAAAACUCCUCCUCCUCUCGGUAAUAGCACACGGCAACACAAAGAGAGAGAGAGAGAGAGAGGGCCAAACCGAAACAGGUGCAAAUUCUAUUCCAUUCACAGUGCGAGUGUAAUAAGUGAAUCAUUGAUAUUACAAUUAUGGUUAUUCGCUGUCUAUUCUUAUGCGAUGCCUUUAUAACGAGGCAAUCCUUCUUCUUUUCUCUCCCCAUAAGAAAUGUAGGUCUUCUCUCA